AAUGAAUCCUCUUAGAAGAGUACAGGUCACGGGUAUCGCUCCAAAGUUUGCGGUUUUAGCGUAUUCUGGAAUUGUUAAUGAAAGAUUAGAAUGGUUUAUGUCCACAUUUUUCACAGAACGAAUAAAAAAUCCAAAUGGUUGCACAGCUUCGGCAACAAUAUUUGUUACUGAGAAUGAGCAAAGCUGUAUUGUUCAAAGGCUUUUCAUACAUGGUCAUGAGAUAGGAAUAGGACUUAACCCAAAGUACUCGAAUAAUUGGUGGUAUCGUGCAACAGAGGAGCAGUGGACUAAAGAAACAGGAUGGAUUCGUGAUACUUUAAGUAAGCAAACUUCCAUACCUGUUCAAAGUAUAAGAGGAGUUCGUUCAUCUCGUGUAACACCAGGAGGUAAUAACCAUUAUAAAGCUUUAGAAAAAACAGGAUUUUUAUAUGAUUCAUCGAUAAAGACAGAGAAUAUUCUUUGGCCCAUAACAUUAGAUUUUCCUUGGGAGAAAUAUAGCCGAAAAUGUAUUAGCGGAAUAUGUCCUAACGAAACGUUUCCUGGUCUAUGGGAAGUUCCACUUAUACCAUUUACACAAGGCGGACAAUAUGUUUUGGACGAUUUGCUUUUCACAGAGAAAACAAGCAAACAGAUUACAAAAUUUUUGAUUAAGGAAAUUGAAAUGAAACUUAAGGAAGAUGAACCAAUUUUUUUGAAUUUUGGGGAAACAAUUCUUCAUUCUGCCGCGCUGAGAGAUUCAAUAAGAGAUAUUUUAAAAUAUUUAUCUAAAAAGAAAAUAUGGAUAGUGCCUAUGAGUUCCCUAAUAGAAUGGACAAAAAGACCAGUGAUUGAAAAAGACAUCUUCUCAAAAGGUGAAUUUCAGUGUGUCUCUCGAGUUUUGGUAAAAGAUUGUAAAAAAAGAGUGAAUAUUUUUUUUUUUGGAGAAGAUAAUCAAAGAUUACUAAGUGAAUUAUUGUGA